CCAUCCACCGCCUCGUCUGCAGCCUCCUCCUCGUUCCCGCUUCUGCCUGGAUCUGACCCUGGCCAGGCCACACCUGGAGGAACGCUGCCACUGUCGCCAUCUCCUCGGCUCCGUCCCUGCUGGAUCUGCGGCUGCAACACACACCCCAUCCCUCGAUAUCUCCCCCCACUCUAUCCACCCCUCGCAUCCGUAUCCGAGCUGCUGUUCCCCACAGGAUCCCAGCCUCCACACUCCCCGCUCCUCACCGCCGAUCAAGCUGCCUGAGACCAUGAGCAUCUCGUCCUCGGCAGCCCAGCCCAGCUCGGCUUACUACGCCGCCCGGAGAAGGUCGAUCGGAACACCCGUCAUCCGUCCCCUCGAGCUUCCCCAGCGAAACACCCAGACACCCCCACCGGCACCGUCCUCGCCAACCUCCCAGACAUCGACCUCGCUGCUCGACAGCACAAAGUCCGAGAGCAAGCUCCUCUCCGAAAUCAAUGUCAAGAAUAAAAUCAUCCAUGACCUCAAGGUCAAGGAGAACUGGCUCAGCACAGAGCUCACCACCUUCCGCAAGACCCAGCAGCACCGAAACGGCCCGGAACAGAGCCACGACGUGGACUACGACGAGGACCAGGCCAUCGUCGUCAACGGCGAGCUGGACGCCGAUCAGUCCAAGAACAUCGAGGAUCUUUUGUCCAAGAAGAGCCUGUCGAAGCGAGAGAUCGACGAGGGCCGUGUUCUUCUCUUCCAGACGUUGCUCCACUUCAAGAAGGAGCUCGUCAAGGCCAAGCAAGCUGUUGAGCAGAGCCAAGCCCUCCACCGCGAAGCCGAGCAACAGAAAUCCAUCGCCGAAGAGAGCGCAAAGUAUCUCGCAUCGCUCCUCGAGGCCCGUGAUCAGGGCGAGGAUGUCGUCAUCUCCAUCGAGCGUCGCCGUGUCUUGGAGCUCGAGCAAAAGUUUUCGCAGAGCCAGACCGACAUAUCGUCGCUGCAGUCCAAGAUCGCCCUGUGGGUCCGUGCCUCGAAGCGCAACCAAGAAGCCCGAGUCCAGGCUGAGGCUUGCCAUCGAACUCUGGAGAUCGAGAUAAGCGCCUUGCGCUCCGAACUGACCCGGCUAAAGGACUCGGAGGAGCGCGCCCAGCAGCGCAUCGACGAGAUGGUGGCCUCUGGAUCCGUCAACUACGACGUCAUGGACCUUCGCGCGCAGAUCGCUGACCUCGAAGGCCAGCUGGCCGCCCGCGACGAGCGCAUCAGCACCAACGAAUCCAUUCUUGAAAACGCCCAGAACCGCAUCAUCGAGUUUGAGCAAACCAUGGAGGACGCUGUGCGAACCGUCGACGAGCUCGAGGCCGAAAACUCCAAUCUCCGAUCGGAGUUGCUCAACCGCGAGGCCCAGCUCGAGCUGCUCAACCUCCAACUCAACCGCAUGCAGGAGGAGGCCCAGAAUCUGGCCAACUCCCACGCCGAGAUCGUCACUCGCUCGCGCUCGCGUGGCCCUGUUGAUGACGACGCCGCUACCGCCUCCGGCAUCGACAAUCAUCCCUUCACCUUUGCUCAGAUCGAGGCUCUCGACAACGCCAGACAGGCGGCCGAGAAGCAGCUGAGCUUCGUCCAGAAAAAACUGGAGGACACCGAGAUCGAGCUCUCUCGCCUCGCCGAAGACCACCGCCUCCUGCUGCUGCGCUCGCCCAACUCGGACACUGCGGCCGAAAUCAUCCAUCUCCGCGAAAAGUCCGACCUGCUUGCCGCCGAGCUGCAGAAUGUCAGCGCGCAGCACGAGUCGUACUUGCAGACGAUCCAGGAAGAGACCGACAAGGCCGCUGCUGCCCGUGAGCGCGAAAUCAAGGACCUCAAGCACGCCUACGACUCGGAGAUUGCCGGCUUGACCGGUGAGCUGGAGGGCCGCAAGAUUGUGCACGACAAGGACGUGCGCGAGCUGAGCCAGUCCAUCAGCGAGCUCAAGGCCACGCAUGAACAGCAGCUCGCCGAGCUGACGGAGCGCUACGAGGACCAGAUUCGAACCCUGAAGGCCGAUAGCGAGCAGCUCGCUCGGGUCAACCAGGAGCAUGUCAGCAACAUGGAGCAGCUUCAAAGUCUUCACCAGAGCGAGCUCGAGGCCCUGACCCGCAAAUGCCAGGAGGGCAUCAAGAUUGCCAAGGAUUCGGCGCUCGGCCAAGUCGACAGCAUCAACGCGCGCAAGGAAUUGGAGGCCCUCAAGAUCCAGCACGCCAAGGAAAUUGCCCAGCUGCGGGAAGACGUCAACAACUCGACCGGCGCCAGCGUCGAUGCCAUUGCCCAUCUGUCGGCGACCCUCGAGGGUGUCAUCGAGGAGCGAGACAACGAAAUCAUCCGCCUCAACGCCGAGCUGGAGAGCUUGGCCGCCGACCACGCCCGCCAGCUCCAAGACAGCAAGUUUGAGAUCGAGGAGAACAUCAAGCGCCACAACACCAUCCUCACGGAGCUGACAAAGUCCCUCGAGGCCAGCGAGACGCAGCAUGCUCUCGCCAUCUCAUCGCUCCACUCCGAGUAUGGCACCAAGUGCAAAGAGUACGAGGAGCAGCUCGAUGCUCUGCUCAAGAACCCGGACUCUGCUCGCUCGGUAAACAACAUCGAAGACUCGCUCGUCGCGCGGAUCGAGAGCUUGUCGCUUGUUCUGGAGUCGAAAGAUGCCCAGAUCAAGGCCCUUCAGUUCGAGAUCGAGGCCCUCUCUUCUGGCAAAGCUGGAGACGGGGCCGCCGUCGCCGAUUCGAUCCAAAGCCAACUCCGCAACAUCGAGAAUCUGACCCAGAUUGUCGAGAAUGGCACGGGAAGCAAGGCGGACUCGGACGAGGGCUCGGCCCGGAUUGCUUUGCUUACGACCCAGGCUCAGGAAGCCGGCGCCCGUGCCGCUGCCCUCGAGUCCGAGCUGGAAAAGGUCCGCAGCGCCAACCCCGAGGCGGCAGAGAUUGCCAGCCUGGAAAAGACGCUGCUGGAUCUCCAGCAAAAAUACGAGCUUGCCGUGCUCGAACGCAACAACGCUCUCGACUCGGCCCAGACCGCAGCCCUGCAGAUGGAGGAACUCCGCGACGAUGUCAAUAUCCUCGAGAACAGCUUGAAUGUUGCCAACGAGAAGACCAAGUUGCUCGAGAACACCGUCUCGGCGCGCACCAGGGAGCUCGAGGAGGCCCAGGGACAACUGCAGCGCCUCCGGUCUGACGGCCGCACAGACGAGCAGCCGCCCGAGCUUCUGAACCAGUUGCAUGAGACCAAAGACAUGCUUCAGUCGAUCAUCAUCCAGCUACAAACCAAGAACGAAGAGCUGGAGACCAAGAACCAGCUGAUUGAGCAGCUCAAGGAAGAGCUGGAGCAGCUCCAGAAAGCGGCUGGUGCUCAUGGAGCGUCCAGCGCUGAAGAAGCCCUCAAGCUCACACAACAGCAUCUGAAUGACACCUUUGAGCAACUCGACAGGGUCCAGCAGGAGAGGGAGAGACUGCAGAGCGACAACGAACUGCUGCAGACCAAGAUGAUUCAGCUGCAGGUGGGCAUCUGGACAGCGAUGUGGAGACGGCAAGGCUGGGUGGGGCGCCCCGACGACGAGAUCGGUAGCUGCCAUCGGACGCAUUGGUGCCCCCGAUAGCCUCGUCAGCUGUGGUCGUGCUCUCACACACUCUCUCCCUUCUCUC